GAGCCGUGAUGUGAAGAGAGUAGUCAGCAGUCCCAGACUAUUGCACCUGGCUGUUCGUGUUGAGUUCAGAGAAGAUGAGAGUUGGAGUGUUGUGGCUCAUCUCUGUCUUCACUGUCAUUGAGGGCUAUGAUAGCCUUCUGGGGAGAAAUGAUGGCAUCAAAACAAAAAGAGAACUCAUUGUGAAUAAGAAUAAGCAUGUAGGUCCAGUCCAGGAAUAUGAGCUACUGCUUCAGGUGACUUAUAGAGAUCCCAAAGAGAAAAGAGAUCUGAAGAGUUUUCUGAAGCUCUUGAAGCCUCCAUUAUUGUGGUCACCUGGGCCAAUGAAGAUUAUCAGAGCAAAGGCUACCACAUCCUGCAGUAGCCGGAAUGGGGUCUUUUGGUGUGCCUGUGAAGAUGACUACACCUGGUUCCCACCCUCAUGUCUUCAUCCCCAGAAGUGCUACCUUCACACAAUUGGCUCACUUCCAAGCUGUGAAUGUCAUCUCAACAACCUGAACCAGAGUGUCAAUUUCUGCGAGAGAACAAAGGUUUGGGGCACUUUCAAAAUUAAUGAAGGGUUUAUAAAUGACCUUUUGAAUUCAUCUUCUGCUCAAUACGCCAAAUAUGCAACUGGAAUUGAAAUUCAACUUAAAAAAGUAUACAAAAGAAUUCAAGGUUUUGAGUCGAUUCAGGUCACUCAAUUUCGGAAAGGAAGCAUCAUUACUGGGUAUGAAGUUGUUGGUUCCAGCAGUGCAUCUGAACUGCUGACAGCCAUUGAACAGGUGGCAGAGAUGGCCAAGGAGGCCCUUCACAAGCUGUUUCCUCUAGAAGACAGCUCUUUCAGAGUGUUUGAAAAAGCCCAAUGUAACAGCCUUUUCUUUGGAUUUGGAAAUAAAAAUGAUGAAUAUACAUUGCCCUGUAGUAGUGGUUACACUGGAAACAUUACAGCUAGGUGCCAGUCCUUUGGAUGGCAGAUCAUCAGAGAGACUUGCCUGCUUCCUCAGCUGGAAGAACUGAAGAAGAGUUUCAGUAUAAUAGUAGGCAAUGCCACUGAGGCAGCUGUGUCAUCCUUGGUACGAAAUCUCUCAGUCAUCAUUCGGCAAAGCCCAUCAACCACGGCUGGGAACCUGGCUUCAGUGGUGUCAAUUCUGGGCAAUAUUUCAUCCCUGUCACUGGCAAGCCAUCUCAGGGUAUCCAAUUCAACAAUGGAGGAUGUCAUCAAUAUAGCUGACCAUAUCCUCGAUUCAGCUUCAGUAGCCAAUUGGACUGUCUUACUGCAGGAAGAACAGCACGCCAGCUCACGGUUGCUGGAGUCAUUGGAAAACAUCAGCAUUCUGGUGCCUCCAACAGCUCUGCCUGUGAAUUUUUCACGGAAAUUCAUUAACUGGAAAGGGAUUCCCAUGACUGAAAGCCAACCCCAAGAGGGCUACAACUAUCAGAUUGAAAUGGUCCCCCCAAAUACCUCUAUUCCCAUCAGAGGCCGUGUGUUAAUUGGGUCAGACCAAUUCCAGAGUUCUCUUCCAGAAACUAUUGUCAGCAUGGCUUCUUUGACUCUGGGGAACAUUCUACCUAUUUCCAAAAAUGAAAAUGUUUGGGUCAAUGGGCCCGUGAUAUCCACGGUUAUCCAAAACUAUUCUAUAAAUGAAAUCUUCCUGAAUUUUUCCAAGAUAGAGUCAAACCUGAGCCAGCCUCGUUGUGUGUUUUGGGAUUUCAGUCAUUUGCAGUGGAACAAUGCAGGCUGUCACCUAGUGAGUGAAACUCCAGACACUGUGAUGUGCCGAUGCACUCACCUGACCUCCUUUUCCAUGCUGAUGUCACCCUUUGUCCCCCCUCCGAUCAUCCCAGUUGUGAAAUGGAUCACUUAUGUAGGACUGGGUAUCUCCACUGGAAGUCUCAUCUUAUGCCUGAUCGUCGAGGCUCUGUUAUGGAAGCAGAUCAGGAAAAGCCAAACCUCACACACACGUCAUAUCUGCAUGGUGAACAUAGCCCUGUCCCUCUUGAUUGCUGAUGUUUGGUUUAUUGUUGGUGCCACUGUGGACACCACGGUAGACCCUCCUGGGGUCUGCAUAGCUGCUGUGUUCUUUACACACUUAUUCUACCUCUCUUUGUUCUUCUGGAUGUUGACGCUUGGUAUCCUGCUGGCCUAUCGGAUCAUUCUAGUGUUCCACCACAUGACCCGGCCUUUGAUGAUGGCUGUCGGGUUCUGCCUGGGCUAUGGGUGCCCUCUCAUUAUAUCUGUCAUUACCAUUGCAGUCACACAACCCAGCAAUAGCUACAAAAGGAAAGGUGUGUGUUGGCUUAACUGGUCCAGUGGGAGCAAACCUCUCUUGGCUUUUGUUGUCCCUGCACUGACUAUUGUGGCUGUGAAUCUUAUCGUGGUGCUGCUAGUUCUCAUGAAGCUCUGGCGACCAGCUGUUGGAGAAACACUGACCCGGGAUGACAAGGCCACUAUCGUCCGCAUGGGAAAGAGCCUCCUCAUUCUGACCCCUCUGCUGGGUCUUACCUGGGGCUUUGGUAUAGGCACAAUGGUGGACAGUCAGAAUCUGGUGUGGCAUGUUAUUUUUGCCCUACUCAAUGCAUUCCAGGGGCUUUUCAUCUUAUGUUUUGGAAUACUCUUGGAUAGCAAGCUGCGACAAUUUCUGUUCAACAAGUUGUCUCUCUUGAGUUCUUGGAAGCAAACAUCAAAGCAAAAUUCAUCAGAUUUAUCUGCCAAACUCAAAUUCUCAAAGCCUUGCAACCCACUGCAAAACAAAGGCAGUUAUGCUUUUUCUCAAACUGGAGAAUCCUCUAACAACAUCAGGCUAACUCACUUUUUAUCAACUGAAUAAGGCCAGGAACCAUAAAACCGAGGAAAAAAAUGGAACAACUUGACAUUUAGAGCUAAAUGUCAGUGAAGAAAUUAUGCUCAGUAUUAGAUGGAAUUUCCUGAUUUAGGAGUCUGGGAAUACACCAAGGAGGUCUCAGCAGCUUCA